AUGGCUUCUCAUACUCCGGCCGUUGUCAUGGACAACGGUACCGGCUACUCUAAGCUUGGUUUCGCUGGCAAUGAUUCUCCCUCCUUCGUUUUCCCUACCGCCAUAGCGACGAAAGGUGCCGCAGCGGCUGGUGCCGGCUCAGGAUCUGGGCGUCCCGCAGUUGCCAAUAAGCCGACAUAUCUGACCGGUGGUGCUGGGCCAGGAGGGCAUCUAUCAAUGAAACGUGGAACCGAAGAUCUGGACUUUUUCAUUGGAGACGAGGCAUUAGCAGCCGCGAGUGGAUCAGGUUAUGGCAUACACUAUCCAAUUCGCCAUGGACAAGUUGAGAACUGGGAUCAUAUGGAAAGAUUCUGGUCCAACUCGAUAUUCAAGUAUCUCCGUGUCGAACCAGAAGAUCAUUACUUUCUGUUAACAGAACCUCCACUCAAUGCACCCGAGAACCGUGAAAACACCGCCGAAAUUAUGUUCGAAUCAUUCAACUGUGCAGGUCUGUACAUUGCUGUUCAAGCUGUGCUCGCAUUGGCUGCGUCGUGGACUUCAUCGAAAGUUUCUGAUCGAUCCCUCACGGGAACUGUAAUUGAUUCUGGAGACGGUGUGACACACGUAAUUCCUGUUGCAGAAGGAUAUGUUAUUGGAUCAUCAAUCAAGUCCAUUCCAAUCGCCGGUCGAGAUAUUACAUACUUCAUUCAAUCGUUGCUUCGAGACAGAGGUGAACCGGACUCCUCAUUAAAGACUGCGGGUGAGAUCAAGGAAAAAUAUUGCUACGUCUGCCCAGAUAUUGUUAAGGAAUUCUCUCGUUUCGAUCGCGAUCCUUCAAGAUUUGAGAAACAUUCGGUCACCCAACCCGGUGGACGUAAGGUCACCGUCGAUGUUGGUUACGAACGGUUCCUUGCACCAGAAAUCUUCUUCAACCCAGAAAUUUACUCCUCCGAUUUCUUGACUCCACUUCCAACCGUGGUGGAUGGAGUUAUCCAAUCUUCUCCUAUUGAUGUUCGCCGUGGACUUUACAAGAAUAUUGUGUUAUCUGGAGGAAGCACACUAUACAAGGACUUUGGUCGCAGAUUACAACGUGAUAUCAAGCACUUAGUGGACGACAGAAUCAGAGCCAGUGAAGCUCGGAGCGGUGGUGCAAGAAGUGGAGGUUUGGAAGUUUCGGUUAUUUCGCAUAAGAGACAACGACAUGGUCCAUGGUUUGGUGGUAGUCUUUUGGGUCAAACCCCUGAAUUCAGAUCUUAUUGCCACACCAAAGCCGAAUAUGACGAGAUAGGGCCAAGCAUUGUCCGAAGAUUUGCCUUGUUAGGAGGACCAGGAGGAUCAUAA